UUAAAAUUUUAAUAAUUGAAUAUAAUAUUACUAAUGUUUAGCGAAUAUAAAACAUAAAUAUUAAAUUAAAUAAUAUUUAAUAACUAUUAUUAUUUACUCAUUGUAUUCUUGUCAUAUUGUUCCUUAAUUUCCCGAUCAAAGUAUCCUAUUUGAGUCUUCGAACAUCUUAUUUGUAAAAUAAAAAAAAUGCUAAAAUUGUAUUAAGACACCUCCGCCACUAACCAUUCAUAAUGUAUUAUAAUUAUAGUUUUUAACAAACUUCAAAUGUGAAUGUAGUGACUGUAGCUACUUCGUGUUCGUCACAACCGGCAGAAUGCUUUUUUAUCUAUUAUCUAGCCAUAUUUUUAACAAACAGUUACAUAAUAUGCCUUCGUUGGACGGUAAAACUAACCAGUUUAGACCGUGAAGCGGGGGAUACGAUUUUGCUGUUUGUUUUAAUAAUAUGGGCUGUGGUCCUAGUCAUUUCGGAAUCUCAUAUUCCAGAAAGACCAAGAAGAAAAAAAACAAGCACAAAGAAUCUGAUGAUGAAAAAAGUGAGGGCAGUGCUUAUGAAAAUCAUGUUGAAGAACAAAUACAGCUGACAAGUACACCGUCUGUAAACAAUUUAUGUGACAUGUCUGAAAUGGAUGAUUCAAGUCCACUACAUCAACGUAUGUCAGGUCCACAGUCUUCCACUUCGUUAUUUGUCAAUCCACAAUUAUCUUCUAGUCAACUCAAUUUCUUUAGAAUGUUAGAUGAAAAAAUAGAAAUGGGCGCAGAUUAUACGCAAACUAUUGAAGAACAACGUUUGGAAAAAAUUCAUCGUACACAUGCAUUAUUAAUGGAAUGGGAACGAGCACGAAUACGCAAUUCACCAAAACCUUGCUCAAACUCUAGAUCCCGUUUUUUACGCAACCCACGACAGCCACAUUUUCGAGUUUCCCAUUCGGUUGUUCAAUUUGACCAAGAACAAGGUGCUUUCCAUACUGAACUCAUAUGAAGUACAAAAUGUAUUAUUUAUUUUAACAUAUUAAUUGGCAUUUUUAUAAUAUUUUACAUUUAUCUGUAAAAUAUUGUAGUUAUAUUUUGUUGAAUGGUAUUAAUUUAUUACAGUAUUAAUGAUGGUUAAAAUAAUUUAGAAUAAUAUAAAUUUUAUGCAGUAAUUAUUUACAGUAUGAAAAAUAAUUUGGCCAUUGGUGAAAAUCUAACAAAAACCGUUGUAUUUUAUAAGUUUUCAUCAAAGUUCUUAAUGUUUUAACAUAAUUAAAACAAUUAUUUUAACUUAAUUUAUUGUGAUGAUAAUGCUUGAUAUUUUCAGACUGAUCAUCAUUUAUUGUUCUUUAUUGUAUAUUAAUUCUCUUUAUAAUAAUAUUUUAAUAUUUAAAAUAUUAUUUAAUGUUAUUGAUGUUAAAUGUCUAUAAUUUUGAAAAAUUGCAGCUAAUAUUUUACCCAUAAGACUUGAAAUGUGCUAUAAUUUAAAUAUUAUUAAUAGUUAUAACUUAGUUCAGUACUGUUUUCCUGUAGUCUGUUUACCAAAGCCUAUUUAUUAAAUCAAUUAAGUGAAUAUUUUUAAUCAUUAUUUAAUAUUAGGGAAUUGGUGCGUGCAAUAUAAUAUCUGACAUAAAUUCUGUAUGAUGUGUAUUAGAGUAUAGCUGAUCAACCUUUACACUUGUUAUUCGAUACUUUUUGAAUACGGAAUAUACUAUGCAUUAUUCCUAACACUUUGUUAUAAAAGUUGAUUUGUUUUAUUGGUCAGUAUUGUGUCAUUAAGUUAGAAAAAACAUAAAUUAUUAAAAUUUAAAAACCUAUAUAUAAAUUGUAAAGUACAAUCACAAGAAGGCUUAUUGAAUUUCUGCUAGUCAUUAAAUAUUAAUAAAUGAAAUCUGUAAGGUUUUUAUAUUGUUUACUAUUGUUACUCAUUAUCUAUUAGCAUUUAAUUAUACACUCUAAGUGUAAGUCAUGUAUUAAGUACAUUGAUAUGUUUACUCGUAAUCUAAACUAUAUAUUAUGUUGAUUUUACUUCUUAAAAAUUAAAUAUUAUAUGAAAAAGUAGUAAGUUUCUGAUUAUUUAAACGUUUUUAUUUUUACUUGAAAAUUCAACACUUAAUUAUUAAACAUUGUGUAAUAUUUAUGUUUUUUUUUUUUAUACAUGAUUAUUAUUUAUAUUAAUUUAUUAUUGUUUUUAUAAAUGUAACUAAUCUCAAUCAUAGGAUUUAAUGUCAAAUUCAAUUUAUACCAAUAUUGAUUUUAGUAGUAUGUUUACAUUUUGAGCCAUCAUUUCAUGCACGUUUUUUCAUAGUUGGAUUAAAUUUACCAUAGCUACUUAAAUUGCAUAUUUAACUAUUGAAUCUCGAUUGCUUUAGUUCAUUAUCAUCUAGUUUAUUUUAAUUAUGAUACUAAAAUUUGUAGAAUUGGUAUUUAUUUGUGCUGCAUUAACAAUUGUUAUUAAUAUUGUGUCAUUAUGAUAAAUUAUCUAUGCCUGUGGCAAGCUAAAUAUUAAGGUGUUAUACUAAAUUAGUAUAAGAUACAAUUACAAUUAUUGAACUUAUUACAUAUUUUUAUUAAUGUACAUUAAAAAAAAAAACAAAGGCUGUGAGUCAGAGUAAUUUCAAGGUUUUCCUUAUAUUUAACAUGUAUUUAUUAAUAUAUGACUGAUUUUCUUUUUGUCCUCUAAUUUACCUAGAUUAAAUUAUUGUUUUGUAAAUAACAAUUUACUCUAUCAAAAAAAUUAAAAUGUUUGUGGUUUUGUGUGUAAAAUAAAUUUUGUCUGGA